AGCUCGUCCCAGCCUUGUCCCUUGCUGCAGAGGUCGCCCCGGGAAACUUGCAGGCGGCGCCCCCCGCCCCCGGGGGGGCCAUGGAUUCGGACGGCAGCCUGGGGUCCAGCCGCCCCUCGUCUCCGGAGCCCGACGGGCCCUUCCUUUCGGCCAGGACCAAGGGGGUGGGCGCCGUGUCCUCCUCUACCCCCAGCGAGGGCCCGUCCGAGCUGGUGCCCGCCCUGGGCGCGGGGGGCCUGCACCAGGCCGCGAAGCCUGGGGGCAAGUCCUCCUCGUCGUCGUCGUCCUCCUCGUCGUCCUCCUCGUCCUCGUCGUCGUCGUCGUCGUCCUCGGUGGCCAAGAAGGACAAGAAGCAGAUGUCGGAGCCGGAGCUGCAGCAGCUGCGCCUGAAGAUCAACAGCCGCGAGCGCAAGCGGAUGCACGACCUGAACAUCGCCAUGGACGGGCUGCGGGAGGUGAUGCCCUACGCCCACGGGCCCUCCGUCCGCAAGCUCUCCAAGAUCGCCACCCUCCUCCUGGCCCGCAACUACAUCCUCAUGCUCACCAACUCCCUGGAGGAGAUGAAGCGGCUGGUCAGCGAGAUCUACGGCCACCACCAUCACCACCACCACGGGCCGCAGGCCCCGCCGCCCCCGCCGCCCCCGCAGGCCCCGCAUCCCGCCCCCCACCCCCACCCCCAUCCCCACCACCACCACGCCGCCUUCCACCCUGCGGCGGCGGGGCCCCCCGGAGCCCCGCACCCGGCCGCCCUGGUGGGCGCCGCGGUGCCGGGGGCCGGCGGACUGACCCUCCGGCCCGGCCCGCCCGCCCUGCUCAAAUCCCCGGCCGGGGCCGGGGGGCGGGGGGCCGGCGGGGCGGGGGGCGGCUUCCCGCCCUGGGCCGGCCUGCCCUGCCCGUGCACCCUGUGCCAGGGGCCCCCGCCGCAUCACCACGUCCCCGGCCUGACCCGCCUCGCCUCCGACGCCAAGUGAGCCGGGAGGCGGCGGGGGCGCGGGGGGGGACGCCCCGCCAAACGCUCUGCCCCUCCCCGGGGCGCACGGUCCGAGCGGGAAGGCUUGGGUGGCGGGAGGAUGCCCGCACGCCCCGCCAAACGCUCUGCCUCUCCCCGGGGCGCACGGUCCCAACGGGGAGGUGCGGAUUGCGGGAGAACGCUCCGCCAAACGCUCUGCCGCUCCCCGGGGCGCACGGUCCCAACGGGGAGAUGCGGAUUGCGGGAGAACGCUCCGCCAAACGCUCUGCCGCUCCCCGGGGCGCCAAGUCCCACCGGAAAGCUUUGGGUGGCCGGAGAACGCACCGCAAAAGACUGGGCCUCUCCCCGGGGCGCAAAAUCCGAGCGGGAAGCUUUGGGUGGCGGGAGGAUGCCCGCACGCCCCGCCAAGCGCUCUGCCUCUCCCCGGGGCGCACGGUCCCAACGGGGAGAUGCGGUUUGCGGGAGAACGCUCCGCAAAACGCUCUGCCGCUCCCCCGGGCGCCAAGUCCGACCGGAAAGGUUUGGGUCGCGGGAGGACGCACCGCAAAAGACUGGGCCUCUCCCCGGGGAGCGCGGUCCGAGCGGGAAGGUUUGGGUUGUGGGAUGAUGCCCGCACACACCGCGAAACGCUCUGCCGCUCCCCGGGGUGCAAGGUCCGACCGGGAAGGUCUGGGUUGCGGGAGAACGCUCCGCAAAACGCUCUGCCGCUCCUCGGGGCGCAAAGUCCGACCGGAAAACUUUGGGUUGCGGAAGAACGCACCGCAAAGGACUGGGCCUCUCCCCGGGGCGCACGGCCCGACCGGGAAGGUUUGGGUUGCGGGAGAACGCACCGCAAAGGACUGGGCCUCUCCCCGGGGCGCAAAGUCCGAGCGGGAAGGUUUGGGUUGCGGGAGAACGCACCGCAAAAGACUGGACCUCUCCCCGGGGCGCACGCUCCGAGCGGGAAGAUUUGGGUGGCAGGAGGAUGCCCGCACGCACCGCAAAACUCUCUGCCUCUCCCCGGGGCGCAAGAUCUGUGCGGGAAGGUGUGGGUUGCGGGAGAACGCUCUGUCACUCUCCGGGACGCAGAGUCCGAGCGGGAAGACGCGGGAGGAUGUCCGCACGCUCCGCAAAACGCUCAGCCUCUCCCCAGGGCGCACGGUCCGGGCGGGAAGGUUUGGGUUGCGGGAGGAUGUCCCGCCAAAAGACUGGGCCUCUCCCCAGGGGGGAAGGACAGGGGGGCUGCCCAACCUGCGGGGGGCGGAAAGAAAGGGGCGUCCUUCACGCUUCCUAAUCCCAUUUUCCACCUUGGCCCUCUUCUCUCCCGAUGGGGCAUGCGGGUGGCAUGCGGGGAGGCUCAGCCCGCAUCCUUUCCCUGCAGCUUCGACCGGCAACGGGGUCGAGGGGACCUUUUCCCUGUCGGGGAGACGGGUCUUAAAUACGCCCCCGGCCCCCGUUUCGCCCCUCGGUGGGCACCGCAUGCCCAUCCCGCACUGGGCAGGCUCCACCCGACCCGCUAAAACCGAAAUCUCCCUCUCCCUGGGCUGGGCUUCUGAGCCCCUCACCCCCGUUUUCUCACCUCUCACUCUCCCGCAGAGAUUUUAUCAUCCUUUUUAUUUUUGUAAAAAAGAAAAAAAGUGCUAAAUAAUAUUUAUUACUUGUCUGGUUGCAGAAAAGGAAAAAAAAAUCCCCUACAAAAUCAAUGACGGUCGAUGGAGAUUUUAAAAUAAAAGCAAGUACCUGGUUUUAA